AUGUUCGCCCAACAGUACGAUCAUUCAUUCAAUGACUUGUUCAACCAGUACGUCAACGUGGACACCUCAGCCGCCGAUACCGACAAAGAUUUGGUAUUCUCCGGCGACUUUGAUCAGCUCUUCCCGCUUGACUCGCUAUCGAGUGAAUGUGGCGAUAUUUCACCUAUUGUCUCCACUUCUAAACGCCAUCAAUCACCCCAACCCUGGACCAAUGAGUGGUCCCUGCUUGAUGACGGCGCUGCUGCCGAUCAUCUUGAUUUCCAUGACACCGUCCACCCUUCUGCCAUCUCAGAACCUGGCCUGAACAACUUCGAAGUCUCCCCUCGUCCUACAACUCGUCCGUCCGCAUCACCAUCAACCCCUCCAGCUACCCCCAGACGCAAGCCUGCCCAGAGCGCCCUUCUCACUCCCAAGUCUAUCCGCCACCGCAGCCCGAAUGAGCGCCGCUCUCAUUCGUCGAAGCAAGGUUACUCUCCCAGCCUAAUGCGCUCUUCCAACCUUUCUAAGGGAAUCAUGGCAUAUCCCGAGGCUUGGGCGCAGGGAAUGCAGCAGAACUACAAUCUUCACAACUCCGAAGAUCGUCUGCCACUGUCACCUCCCCCGUCAGAUGUCAUUUGCAAGCAUGAGAACAUGCCUACCGAACAAAUCAUGAACCGACCUAGGGACUCCGCAGAAAUGCCUCAGUACGACGCAAGACUAUUCCAAGAAUCUCCCUCUAUUCCAAUGCCAUCACCAAACUCCGCAAUGGCAGCACGGCACCAACAAUACAAUGGCCUCCCCAACUCUUCCGCCUUGACCAAUUCCAGCCCUUCUUCCGCAGAUGAUAUCUUCUCUUCAUCACACUCAUCUGAUCCCCAAUCUCUUUCCUCUUGGCAGUCCGACCCUCUCCAUGCUUCGUCUCUCACCUUUACUCCUGAUCUCCAGGGCCAAGAUGCCCAGUGGUGGUCCCCCAUGCCUUCUCGCGUCGCUCAACAGCAAGCAGCUUACCUCGCAUCUCCCACACCUGUCCGCCAUGUGCAGCACGUUGGGAACCAAAAUGAGAUGAUGCAAGGUGGACUCAUGAUCCAAUUCAACCCCUCCUAUGAUAUGUCCGCCGAGCACUCAUUCCAACCCACCCACAUGCUCCCCACCAACCAAAAAUUCGACACCUCCUUCACCCCCUCUCAAGUCCACAAUACCUCCCGUUCUUCAUCUAUUUCUCCCAAAGCUGGCGCAUCACCCAAGGAUAUCCGAAAUGGAUCCAUCUCUAAAUCCACCCAUCGCCGCACUCACAGCCGCAAACUCUCCGGCAACAGUAUGAACGGCCCCAAGCCUGUAAAGGCAUCUGACUCAUCGCCACGAGGCGCAAAUAAGUCUGUCAGCGUAUCGUUUGUCAACUUUACCGCCCAUGACAGCAAGAAGAUUCUGACCGGAGUUGCUCCCUCCGGCAGCUCUAAGACCAAGGCUCGCCGCGAACAAGAAGCCCGGGAUCGACGUCGCAAGCUGAGCGAGGCCGCAUUGAGGGCUGUGCGCAGUGCUGGUGGUGACGUUGAAGCUCUCGAAGCUGUUCUGUGCUGA